CAGCAAUUUUCGACUUCAUCCCGAAAACCACUCUUGAGACACCAACCGCAAAUAUGGCCUCAACACAGAGUGUUCAAUGCUUCGGCAAGAAGAAGACUGCUACUGCGGUAGCACACUGCAGGGCCGGAAAAGGACUGGUUAAGGUGAACGGAAAGCCUCUCAACCUCGUCCAACCUGAGAUCCUCCGAUUCAAGGUCUACGAACCCCUCCUCAUCGUCGGUCUCGAGAAGUUCGCCAACGUCGAUAUCCGCGUCCGAGUGACUGGUGGUGGACACACAUCUCAAAUCUACGCCAUCCGUCAAGCCAUCUCCAAGUCCAUUGUCGCCUACUACCAGAAGUUCGUCGAUGAGCACUCCAAGAACCUGUUGAAGCAGUCGCUGGUUCAGUACGACCGAACGCUGUUGGUUGCGGACAACAGACGAUGCGAGCCCAAGAAGUUUGGAGGUCCCGGUGCAAGAGCCAGAUACCAAAAGUCAUACCGUUAAAGAGGGAUUUGUCUGGGAGCUUGGGUCUGGGAAAGUGGUUUGUGCUGCAUUUGCAAUGGAUGGGCGAAACUAUUUGCUGGCUGUAGAAUUUUAGCAGACAAAUGCAAGAUUCUUCCCGCAUACGCAGGAGUUGAGAACAUAUGGAUCUUGGAACGUUUGGCCUCAACUGUGAUUCUUGGACUGCAAUGUUAUCGUCGAUGGGUCCAGCCUCUUUGCGUAUGAAUUGGAGAAAUCCUUAGCAAUGCCGAGAAACAGGUCUCAUGCAGGUCGUCUUUGAGCUCUAGGGCGCACUUCAGAUAUCAAGGUUUGCAGAACUUCACAAUCAUCACUAAAGAACAAGUAUGCAGUAAAAG